CAACACAAUGGUGUUCGCAUUUUGGAAGGUCUUUCUGAUCCUAAACUGCCUUGCAGGUCAAGUCAGUGGGGUGCAAGUGACCAUCCCAGACAGUUUCGUGAACGUGACUGUUGGAUCUGAUGUCACUCUCGUCUGUACUUAUACCACCACUGUGGCCUCCCGGGACCAGCUUUCCAUCCAGUGGUCAUUCUUCCAUAAGAAGGAGUUACAGCCAGUUUCUAUUUACUAUUCUGAAGGUGGACAAUCUGCAGCCAUUGGGCAAUUUAAAGGUCGAAUUGUAGGGUCCAACGAGCCAGAUAACGCAUCUAUCACUAUCUCGCAUAUGCAACCAGCAGAUAGUGGCAUCUACAUCUGCGAUGUGAACAACCCCCCGGACUUUGUUGGCAAGAAUCAAGGCAUCCUCAACGUCAGUGUGUUAGUCAAACCUUCCAAGCCCUUUUGCAGCAUCCAGGGAAUACCGGAAACUGGCCAUCCUAUAUCUCUUUCUUGUCUCUCUGUGCUCGGAACACCCUCCCCUGUGUAUUACUGGUAUAGACUUGAAGGAAGAGACAUCGUCCCAGUGAAGGAAAGCUUCAACCCCGCCACCGGGAUUUUGGUUAUUGGAAAUCUGACCAAUUUUGAACAAGGUUAUUACCAGUGCACCGCUAUCAACAUCCUUGGCAAUAGUUCCUGUGAAAUUGACCUAAGUUCUUCACAUCCAGAAGUUGGAAUCAUUGUUGGGGCCUUGGUGGGUACCCUAGUAGGUGCUGCCAUUAUCAUCUCUGUUGUGUGCUUCGCAAGGAACAAGGCAAAGGCAAAGUCAAAGGGGAAGGAGAGGAAAAGAAAUUCUAAAACCACCACAGAACUUGAACCAAUGACAAUGAUCAAACAAAGCACAGAGGGUGAAGUAAUGCCAAAUGAAGACACGAUCCAACUAGAAGCAACUCUGCCACCUUCCGCCCAUGAGACUGACGAUGAUACCGUCCUGGGGGCAGAUCAUGAGCCUAUCCCUGAGCCUGAGCCUGUCUCAGAGCCUCCCCUGGAGCCCACCCCAGGACCUGAGCUUGUCCCGGUGCCUGAGCUUGAGAUUGAGCUGGAGCCAGAGCCCGAGCCAGAGCCAAAAAUGGAGCCAGAGCCCGAGAUUGUAGUUGAGCCCUUGUGUGACGAGGAAAAAAGAGGGAAUAAGCAAUAGGCUGGUAACAUAAGUACAGUAGUCAUCACUGAGGAACCCAUUACUGGCGUUUGGAAUUCACUUGACCUAACCAGUCUCCCACCACCUCCCUCCAUUCUUACCAACCCUCUUCUAACAAGGUGCUCCUACCAACCAUCCAAAAUAAAAAGGUCAAGAUAACUACUAAAUAAAUGCAAGAGUUCCUGAAUUACCAGUAUAGAGUACUUACAAUUUUACUAACAUGUAAGCAUAACUAAUGACAAGGCAUGUGAUUUCUCACUCAGUUGUAAGUGUUUUACAACACCUGUGUCGUAUUUCAGAAAAUCUUAUUUCUCUAUUUUUAGCUACUCUUUGUUACAUUCCACAUGCACACAUGACAAGGUGGCAUUAAUUGGAUUCAAUAUUAUUUCUAGGAUUAGUUGUCAGGCUUCCCUCUUCAGUUUCACAUUGACCACUAAGAAAAGAAUUCAUCAGCAUUAUCUCAUAGAUUAGAAAGAAAUUCCUCAAAAAUUCCAGAGGAGAUUGUGUAAAGGAUACAUAUUAAUUGGUACAUAGCAUUUAAAACUAGGUUUUCAAAUGAAUGCUUCACUUAUCACGUCCGAUUUCCCAAGGAGCCACCCUGCUACUCAAUAUCUGAGCAUAGCAAAUUUUAAAAAUAACCCAUUUUUAAGUGCAAAAUAAUGUACAGGCAAACAAUUCCAAAUACAAUUUUCCUUCAGUGAAUACAAAAUGUUGGUAUGAUAGGUGAUGUACAAUUUAGCUUUGACUGAGCUAUUCUGUUAUCACUGUGUCUGAUGCCACUUGCUUCGGAAGGGCCAGACUAGGAAACUGUUCUAAAAGAACACUGAAGAUCUAUUUUAGAUAAUCUGAAUAAUUAAAUCUGUUUUACUGUUGGUAUAUUCCAUAUUAAUAAAGAGAUAUCAUUCUUGUAUAAAUGCUAAAUAUUAACUAAAUCACAUUGAAAUCACCUCUUCUUCACUUGUUAAAAAGGUUUUCCAUUGAUCAUAUUUCACCCACAUCCCACCUUGAAAAAAUUUACAGGUAGACUUUUUCAUUUGUGUAAUCGAUCAGAUUUUAAAUCUUAUUUUAAGGUUCAAUAAAUAAUACUUAAU